AAUACCCUCCAAAACCUCUCACUCCCCAUCACCACCAGCAAUACCAAUUUGCAGCAACUGCAGAGUAGUACUAAUAACUUGGGAGGAUGGGUACUUCACAAGAAGAAGAUCAUAUUUACCAACCGAUCCCUCAUGAAAUCCCACCAUCUUCAAUAACACCUCAAGUAUCAUCAGCAAAACACAACACUACUAGUACUACUAAUGGUGAAUCCAGUGGAGAGCUUGAGAGUAUAUUAAGCGAUACCAGCUUGCCAUUUUCGAAACGAAUGGGAUCUGCAACGUGGAUUGAAUUGAAGCUCCUGGUCUACCUCGCUGCCCCCGCGGUUUUCGUUUACAUGAUCAAUUACUGCAUGUCUAUGUCCACCCAAAUCUUCGCCGGACACCUUGGUAAUCUUGAGCUCGCAGCUGCCUCCCUUGGCAACAAUGGUAUCCAAAUCUUCGCCUACGGUCUCAUGCUAGGGAUGGGAAGUGCAGUUGAAACAUUGUGUGGACAAGCAUAUGGAGCCCAAAAAUAUGAAAUGCUCGGUGUUUAUCUCCAAAGAUCAGCAAUUCUUCUCACUAUAACCGGUGUACUGCUUACCCUAAUCUACAUUUUCUGCGAGCCCAUCCUCAUCUUCCUCGGGCAAUCAACCGCCAUAGCAUCAGCAGCAGCAUUGUUCAUAUACGGUCUAAUUCCCCAAAUAUUCGCAUACGCAUUAAACUUCCCUAUCCAAAAAUUUCUACAAGCACAGAGUAUUGUGACACCAAGUGCAUACAUAUCAGCUGCAACAUUAGUAUUACAUAUUAUACUGAGUUGGCUUUUUGUGUACAAGAUAGGGCUUGGGUUGUUGGGUGCAUCGUUGGUGUUGAGCUUGUCUUGGUGGAUCAUUGUGGUGGCUCAGUUUGUUUAUAUAUUGAAGAGUGAAAGGUGUAAGUACACAUGGGAUGGGUUCAGCAUUCAGGCAUUCUCUGGCUUGCCUGGGUUCUUUAAGUUAUCGGCUGCUUCGGCUGUUAUGCUCUGUUUGGAGACUUGGUAUUUUCAGAUUCUUGUUUUGCUCGCUGGCUUGCUGGAAAACCCUGAGUUGGCUCUGGAUGCUCUCUCUAUUUGUACAACAAUUUCAGGAUGGGUAUUCAUGAUCUCAGUUGGGUUUAAUGCAGCUGCAAGUGUGAGAGUGAGCAAUGAACUUGGAGCAGGGCAUCCAAAGUCUGCUGCAUAUUCAGUAGUGGUUGUGACUUCAAUUUCAUUCAUCAUAUCUGUGAUAGCAGCAAUAGUGCUGCUUGCAUUGCGAAAUAUCAUCAGCUAUGCCUUCACAGAUGGUGAAAUAGUAGCCAAUGCUGUUUCAGAUCUCUGUCCUCUUCUAGCCCUCACCCUCAUUCUCAAUGGAAUCCAACCUGUCUUGUCUGGUGUGGCUGUGGGUUGUGGAUGGCAAGCUUUUGUGGCAUAUGUGAAUGUGGGAUGUUAUUAUAUUGUCGGAAUACCUCUUGGUGCAGUGCUCGGUUUUUACUUCAAUUUCGGUGCUAAGGGAAUCUGGACGGGUAUGUUAGGCGGCACACUUAUGCAAACCAUUAUUUUAAUAUGGGUCACCUUCCGAACUGACUGGAACAAAGAGGUGGGAGAAGCUCAGAAGAGGUUGGACAAGUGGGAAGAGAAGAAGGAACCACUUUUGAGUUAAAACUUUUCAUGGAUGGGACUAAAUAAUCGGCGGUUGACCCCUUAAGAUCUUCUACUAGUGGACAACUUCAUCAAAGCCACCAAGCAAAAUUGCCUUGGUACACAUUCAGGACGAAGAAAAUUGUAGGAGCAAAAAGAAAAGAAAAAAAAAGCCCAAUUUAGGGUUAGCUUUGUUAUCUUAUUAUUGAUUUAUUGAAAUUGAAAAUUGCAAUAAAAAAGUGGUUGUGUUCAUGUGCUCUAUUUGUUAAA